AUGGAUAUCAAAACGUUUCACCUUUUUAUUGGAUUUAUGGUUCUCGUCCAACGGGCCGCUGGUGACGAUUUAGGACUUCUCUCGAGCACGCUGCGCGCAUUUCGCACCGUUUGCUGUGACGACGAGCAGCUCAGCUUGUCCUGCCCCAUCGGUACCAGCAUUUCCGUCGAGCUCGUUCAGUAUGGCGCCAAGGCUGCAGAAGGCAACGAUACGAUCCAAUGCGCGUACAGCGAGCCGGACACACACUACCACGCUCCGGAACCCACCGGUCCCGCUCUCAGCACCGUCGACUUCUCGUUAGCCAUCCUGCCGAAUGCGACCACACGCGUUACGCCCGCGGCUUCCACGGAACCGACCACAAACGACACGCUGGCGCCGGUGGAACGCUCCAAGGACGACCAGUGCACCCCACUCUACGUGCUGCAGUACUCCAUCCUGCAGACGGUUGUCGAGGCGUGCCAGAAAAAACGCCGCUGUCGGAUACAGGCCACACCGAAGAACUUUCCAGCAGCGCCUUGUGCGGGCAUACACCGCCUCGUGGAGGUCAAUCACAAAUGUCGCCCAUUCGAGUUUCGUAGCCUGAUUUCAUGCGAGAAGGACAUCGUCCGGUUGACGUGCGGUCAGUACACUCGGAUAGCCAUCUACAGUGCCACAUACGGACGCACGGCAUACGAAAGCACACACUGCACGCAGACAGCCGCCUCGCAGGAGCAAACCUGCCUGUCGGAGCACACGAGCCACACACUGACGGAGAUCUGCCAGGGACGGCGUAAGUGCACGGUGGCAGUCGAAAGCUCGACGUUCGGCAACCCGUGUCCGGAGAACACUCGCGUCUAUCUGAAAGUGAUCUACGCCUGCGUUUCGCGGAACGUGUUCCGAGAGCGCUACAUCACGCCGUUGGAAGAGGACGAGCUAGACGAGCGGCCAUACGAGUCAAACGAGCUGUACGACGAAGAGUUGACGCCUGCUCCAAACCAGAUCGAGGGUUCGGCCGUAGGCAAGAGCACCGUCGUUACCAACAAGUACGCCGGUGAGUCCGCGGUUAAGGCGGAAAAUGUAGUCACAUUCAACAAGGACGCCGGUGAAGGUCCUUCGGGAGGUGACUACUCGUCGUUGCUUUCCGACGACCACCUGCUGAUAGUUGGCGUUGCGGUGCUGAUCUUCUGCUGCCUCUGUCUGUCAGCCGGUGCACUGGUGGCGUACAAGAUGAAGCUGUUCCCGGUGGGAAGCAACCGUUGCAUCAAGGCCUCCGAAUCGUCGGACAGUCACUCGACACCGUCCAGCUACCGAGCGACGAGCGAGGACUUCGAUCUGGUCGAAUGCAUCCCGGACACGGCCACUAUGGCCGAGAAGGCCGCCGAGCAGCAAUCGUCACCACCACCGCCACCACAAACGUACGUGCAAUCAGUUGGCGCGACUGGCUCAACUCUGCCGACCAGCGCCAUCCUGCCGGCGUUCAAAUUUGCCGAACCACGCGGCAGUCUGUCCCAGAUCUCGACCACCAUGUUCAUUCUGCCGAACUACCUAAUGGCGGGUCCAGUUGCGGGUACCCUGUCUAACCGGCGCCCUAAGGACACCAUCCCGUCGAUGCCACCGGGUGACAAUCUCACCAUCACUCUCGCCACCAGCGAUGGCAUCCCGUCCGGUAGCGGAUCUGGGCCAGGUCCUGGUACCAUCUGCAAGGUGGAAUCGACUAUGCCGGCCUACUACGCACCCCAUCUACAGUCUCAACAGCAACAGCAGCACCACCAACACCAUAACGCACCGUUUGGUACCUCCUGCAACCAGUGCACCGUGCUUGGGUGGCAGGCCGUUGGAGGGCCAAGCGCCAUGUAUGGUGGAAAGCUGCUGGCACUGGAAAAUCCGGCCAUCUCCGGUGCUACCACCGGCCCGACGUCACUCUCGUAUCAUCGCAAUCAAUCAUUAAAACCGUUCGCUGGUGAGGCAGAAACUGGCCCCAGUGGUGAGGAGGAACGGACACGCGGUAUCGCGCCGGGGAAAGCGGGCCCAGGACCCACCCUCGCACAGGCGCAUCCUUUUUUAUGGCUGGGCUUGAAAAUCGCGCUGAUGUAAAGCUGUAGGGUAAAGCUGUCAAGAUCGACCUGCGCGAUAGUUUAUCGUGCGGCAUUUUAAACCUUAUUGGUGUGCCUCUGAGCGCGGCCUCCUUUUCCACCGUUUUCAGUUCCCCUGGAUCUUCUUCACUUUCCACGCCGGACCUGUUCUUCCCGUUCCUUCAGCUUUCACGCUCGCUAUGGGUCUUGCUCCCUUUCAUCCAUUUCUGUUUGCAAUCUCACACUUUCUCUCUCUCUCUCUCUCUAUUGUGUACAUAUUUUACCAACAUCCGGCUGGAAAACCCCAUUCCAUUUUCCCGUCCACACACACACACACACUCACAUACAUCCACACCAGUUUGACAGCUUUACCCGAGCACCCGUAACAACUUUAUUGGCGAUUUGUCGCAAUGAAACGUAACGAAGCCGGGUUCGAACCACGGUAUUCGCCACCGGAAACAGGGAUCGAUUUCCCAAGGGAUGAGGGAUAAGAGAAGACGGGAGGAGU